AGCCCACUCAGCGGACUCCACCAUUAGCAGCGGCCAUCUUAUAAGUCGCGUUGUAAGGCAAAAAAGUCUCUAUGGUUAUGGCGAGUUUAGUAAAGCGACUCUUCAUUUCCACCGGGUCGAACCCCGGCUUGGUUCCUCUGCCAUGUCGAGCUACUCUCGCUAGACUGUCCGCUCACCAAAGCUUGUGUUUCUCGACGUCUUCUUCUUUAGAUGGAAGGACACAAUACUCGUAUAUGAAGGUCCCCAGAAGCAUUCCCAAUAUUCCACUCCCUAGGUCGCUAAAAGACGGUACGGUGAGAAGACACAAGGGGAGAUCUGGUCGGAACAGCUCGGGGCAAAUAGUCCUCAGACAUCGCGGGGGUGGACAUAGUCAGAACUAUCGCAUCAUAGAUUUUAUUCGAGCUCCAUUAUGCAUUACUGGGGAGGCAGUCACACCUAUCAAGGACAAAGUAUUACAAGUUGGGUACGACCCUUGCAGGUCUGCAAGGAUUGCACUUGUGGCUGGAAAUGGUAGUAACCAGGAAAAACUAGUGAUAGCGCCUGAUGAAAUACAAGUUGGGGAUGUGAUGACAGCAUCGCGAGGGAAGCCAGAAUCACUAGCCUUACUCAAGCCUGGUGAUGCCUACCCUCUCUGUUUUCUACCUAUAGGAACAGUUGUUCAUAACAUUGAGUUGUAUCCAGGAAAAGGAGCACAGCUUGCCCGGGCAGCAGGCACCUCAGCACAACUAAUUCGCAAGACCAAUGAGACUGCAGUGGUACGACUGCCAUCAAAAGUUGAAAAAGAAGUCAGUAGCAAAUGUUUGGCAUCUGUAGGUAGAGUGUCAAAUAUUGAACGCAAGAACCGAGUUAUUGGUAAAGCUGGAAGGAACAGGUGGCUUAAUAGAAGACCAAAAGGACAAACUGGUAUGGACAGAACUCAUUGGAAGAAGAAGAGGGUGUGAUACCCAUGCUGCAUCACCCAAGUCCCCAAACUUGUUCUAAUGUCUUAGCUCACUACAGUAAGAAAACAAUGACGUCAUGGCUCAAGAAAAAAAAAACUAGAUUGAGACUAUUCCUAUCCUGCCUUGCCAUUUUAAAACUAUUGUUCUUAAAAAAAAAUGGGAGUUGUGAUAUUCAGAUAAGACUAAAUAAAUAACAACAAUUUAAA